UUCAUUGAGUUGAGGUUUAAACUGUAAUAACUCAAAAUUCAAAACUGUAAUAACAAUAAACAUUAACCAGACAAGUAUUCAAUAUUGAUAAUAAAUGUUCGAAUAUCCAACAAUUAAGUGUUAACGCAAAUUUAUUGUUUCAAAAUUUAAUAGUUAAUGUCAGAAAAUGAACACUCUGUGGUGUAAAUCUUUUCUAUUAUUGAAUAUUUUCCAUUAUUGUUAUGGAAUAACCAGCGACGAUAUAAUCUUUCAUUACAAUAAUACGUAUCGGUACAAUGAACCCUACAUUGUGGAAGUCAAUAAAAAUACUGAAUAUAUCAUGAAGUUUGCUGGUGAUCUGGAGGCGUACGAUACACCCGCAAGAAUAAUAGUUGCAAGUGACUUCGCGAACAGAACGUAUCCAUUAUUUGUGACUGCGCGGCAGCAAAAAGGUGUGUUCUCAUGGCAGCUCCCGAUGCUGGUCCAGACCCUGGGUGGCUUAGAGCAGUUCACGAACAUAUCCAGGACUCUGUGCCCCCACAAUAACAUAUUUUCAGAAGACGAGGAUACCUGUGAUGUCUCCACACAAAACACGCCGAUAGUCCACCUGACAUCGUCAUCACCUGAUCCGAUAAAGGUGACGAUCGUCGUCGAAACCGUCGAAGAUUUCUACAUCAAGCUGAACUCUACGACGAACCUCACGAGUACGCCGAGUCAGCCGAAAUAUUACUUCUACCCUUUCGAUCAGGGUCCGAAAAUGGAUCUGGCGGUGCGGAGAGAGAGGAAAAACUAUAUGUGCAACAAUGAGGGUAGUUUGAGAAAAUAUGUUGAGAGGAGGAAUUUGGAUAAGCCGUAUGGGUGGCUUUCCAGGCCUAAGAGCGUUAUACUGCUCAUAGAAUCUGAUGAUGACAUUUGCGCUGUUGUUUCGAUACAAAAUUUCUCAUGUCCCGUAUUUGAUAACGAAAGAGACAUUCUAUACGACGGAUAUUAUUUGACAAUGACACGGCGUGGUGGCAUCACUUUAACACAAGACACAUUUCCCCUGGGCUUCUACAUCGUAUUCAUUGUGAAAACCUCGGACGAAGACUGCACUGGCAGCGACGCGAGCAACAAAACCUUACCAAAAGUGGCCCAAUAUUUUGGAUGGGACGACACUAUAGACGUACCCACAAACGACGGAAGAAUAAAAAGAUUUAGUUUCAAAGUAAUAGAAACGAUAUCAUACCAGGAGUACAUAAAAGCGGCGGGGGUGGUUUUGGUGUUCUUUCUGUCGUUCUACGUGGCGUUUAUCAUAGUGAUUGUAUGUCAAAAGAGGAAUUGUACCAGGGCAUCAGAUGAAUCGCUACUAGCGCCAUCUACGCCGUUCGACAACUCGCAAAUAACGUACCCACGUCAUAGAGCGUCUUCAAGCCAUCGCUCGGGCAGAAACAGAGGAGAGGGGGACCUGAAUAUAACUCCAGUUGAUGUUAGUUCUUCAUCAGACACAGAUUCUGGUCUUUCCACACUUGACGACACUAAUGUAGAACGGGACGGAUAUCUUUACGGCAAUAAGCUGUGUGUUGCUAAUCUAUCUAGGUGUCGCCCAAGAGUACUGUCGGCUAGAUCCAAGAUGUAUCUGUGGAACGUUCUUACUGUUGCGGUGUUUUACACGCUGCCAGUAAUACAGCUCGUGAUAACAUACCAAAGGCUGCUUAACCAAUCCGGAAAUCAGGAUCUGUGCUACUUCAACUUCCUGUGCGCUCAUCCUCUUAUGGUGCUCUCUGACUUCAACCACGUGUACUCCAACCUGGGUUACGUACUGCUGGGGGCUCUGUUCCUAGCUGAGGUCUGGCACAGACAGAGAAAUAACAGUAGUAAUAAUGUGGAGUUGGGUAUACCCCAGCACUUCGGGCUUCUAUACGCGAUGGGUAUCGCGCUCGUGAGUGAGGGUCUGCUAUCGGCCGCAUACCAUGUCUGCCCCAACAGUAUGAACUUCCAGUUUGAUACGUCAUUCAUGUAUAUAACCAGUGUGCUGUGUAUGGUGAAGAUUUACCAGUCCAGACACCCAGAUAUCAACGCCAGGGCCCACGCAACAUUCGGUGUACUGGCUCUCAUUAUAUUCAUAGGUCUGGUUGGAGUUCUUAACGCGAACUUCUAUUUCUGGGUCCUGUUCACCGCGCUACAUCUCAUCACCUGUCUGGUGAUGACUUUCCAGAUAUACUAUCUGGGGAGAUUCCGUCUGGGUUUUGGCGUGGUGUAUCGAGCCUUGAAGGAGUUAGUUCGUCGGCCUUUAGCUGCCAUUACUCCGACACACUGCGGCCGAUGUGUGCUCCUUCUGAUCGCAAACGGCGCAAACUGGGCCAUAGCUGCCUACGGCUUGAGCCAGCACAGCAGAGACUUCGCGUCGCAUCUCCUCCUCGUUCUGAUGAGUAAUCUCUUUCUGUACACACUCUUCUACAUCGCUAUGAAGCUGUUGCAUCGAGAGUCUAUCCGGUGGUACAGUUGGGUUUUCAUCGCCAUGACAUACACCAUAUGGUUCAGCUCUAGUUACUUCUAUUGGGACCAGAGUACCAACUGGGCGUUAACGCCGGCGCAGUCGCGGCAAAACAACAGGGUGUGCAGUUUUCUGCAGCUCUACGACUCCCACGAUAUCUGGCACUUCAUGUCAUCUAUAGCCAUGUUUUUCUCCUUCAACAUGUACCUCACCAUAGAUGACAACCUGCAAACGGUGCCUAGAAGUGAAAUUAUGGUGUUUUAGGCUUAAAAAGUAACUAAAUUUUCAUUGAAUCUACAUUAGUCGCACGCUAUGAUGGCCGUUCUGUAAUAUUACAAUCAAUGACGUUCUAUUCAUAUAGACAGUGCACGUCAUACAGCAUCAAAUCCGAAAUAUGGCACAUGCCAUAAAUGACAUCAUAAUAAGUUUCUGUGUUAUGUGUAUUAUAUAAAUGUAUAGACAUAGCUAACUACAAUGUCUUAUAUAAUAAAAUAAUCUUACCAAUUAUGAGUCACAGAAUCUAUUUUUUAAGUCGUUAAUGUAUUAUUUAAGCACUUUUUAUAGCACUCUUAGGCUUGUUGAUUGACACACAGUUGAUACACGACUAAGGAAAAAAUUGUGCUUACAUUGGCUUUAUGCACACUUUUGCCGUUUUGUUAUCAGACUGCGAAUGAUAUGUCCAUAUCUAUAGAAUGUCAUUGAUGACAAUAGUGAUGUGAUAUGUCAAACUAAUAUCGAAAAACAUUGCACAAAAACCACAGAAAUUUGUUAAAUCUAUCACAGUUGCCAAAAAGGCCGUUAUAGCGUGCUGCUUAUAAUAUAAUAUUAUUACUAGAUGUUUUAAAUUACCGUUUAAAAAUCAAUAACUCCUCAUAUGUUACCAUUAUUUUCAAUUCAUAUUAAAACAAUAAUUUAACAUAUUACUUGGCACUUCUAGUAACCAUGUUUUUCAUUCCUUGUAUGAUAUAGAUAUUUUUGUAAAUUUAAAAAACCUGUGUGUAAUAAAAAUGAAUUAAUAGAAAGAGGUAACCGUUAAUAAUCAAAUAUUUAUCGAAUACAACAGGUUUCAGUUUAUACAUAAGUAAAAAAACAUUCUUUUGAUGAAAUCAGGCACUUUACCUUGUACAUACUUGAUGAUACCAGAGAGUGGACUUAUUAACAACUCAAAUUGAUAAAAGGCCAUGGCUAUCUCUCUCUAUAUAUGAGUGACCGUUUGCAAUUGUAAUCAAUGACCACUUCGUCUCUUUAUAUGUAAAUAAUUUUUCAGUUGGUACUUCUAGUAAUCUAUGUUCUUGUAUACAUUAAAAAUAGACACAAAGACUUGAAGUGAAAUAUCGGAGUUUUAGACAUUUCUUAGCUAACGAAUUAAUAUAAGCAAACAAUCAAAAAAUAUAAGUAAUUACUUCUCAAUACUUCCAUCCAUAUUAGCUCAAUUUUGAUCCUUUCUCAGUACACGAUAAACCACAUCAACAUUACCAAUGACUGUCAUUUACUCCUUUUCUAUUCCACAUCUUCGCUCUCAUAAUAUGUCGCUUUUCAGCGCGUUAGAGAAAAAGAAUUAUCAGAGUGAAGCUUUUGAUGCGCGCACACACCGUCACGCAAAUUGGACACCCUGACGUUAGCUGGUCAAGCAGACCAUUUGUAUCAUACUUCAGUUACCAAGCCUCUUGUAACUCAUAUGUCUACUGUACCACAACCAAUGGACAUGAAUUAAAUAAAUUUCAAUAUAUAUAUAAUUACAAGUUAUCUAACUAAAAUAAUGCGGUAUAAAAAUAAUUUCAUUGGUUGUUUUAAAACCUUCUUUCUUACAAUAUUGCUUUUUAUACUAACGUAAAUUAGAAUGAGGAAUAUUUUUUUGAAGGAUUUUUGUUUUAUUACGCCAAAGACGAAUAACUUCAUGCGUGAGUUUUCUCUUUCAUUCAAAUUAUGUAAAAUAAAAAUUGACUCUUCAUUUGGGCUCAAAGAUUCUGUGACACUUUUUUUGUAAUCUAUACAGCUAUGUUAAUAUUUCGAAACAUAUUUAUAAUUUAUCUUCAUUAUCAACACAAUGUCAAACGUAAAAGUGAAAUAUUAGUCCUUUCAAGGUUAGCUAUAAAAGCUACGUUUUAUGUUUCUAUUUAUUAUGUACAAUACCAUAAAAGGUUUUUUAAUCAUCAUUAAAAAAAAUCCUAGAAAAGUUUGCAAUAGAUUAAACUCGUUUUUUUUUAAAUGUAUGUGUAUUGACAUGUUAAUGUACAGGAACGCCGAUAUAAAUUAACUACAUUUCUAGAUGUGACAUAUUGGCUUUAAACGCUGGUUAAGAAAACGUUAUAUAGAAUCAUUGAUGCUUUAACUUACAUGAGGCUAUUUAGUAAAUUUAUACAUAUACGGCCUUACAAAUUAACUUGUUAUACUUGAGAAUAAACGAAGAGUAUGCAAAGUCUAACAAUAGUCACUUUGCUUAUGAUUGGUUUAUACGGACGUAUAACAUAUCCCGUGUUUAUUUCCAAGGCUGCCUAACAUUCAGAAAACUUCAGAAUUAUCAUUGUAUUGACAGUGUUGUCAGCGAUACAGUCAAAAUUUUACUUAUACUUGGUUUAUUGUCAGUAGUAACUUUAUACCAAGUUUUUUUGUAAAGCCGAUAGACUUAAAUAAAAAGAUAUUAUUAUAAAAAUGCUUGGGUAACUAUAAUUUUUUAACAUAAUAGUAAAAAUAUACUAAUCCUAGUUUUAAAUAAACAUUUUAUCAUGAAAUUUGUCGAGAAAAUGUAAGCUAGCUAAUAAUUGUUUUGAUUUUUUUUUUAUUUAAAUUAUUUUUAUAGAUCUCGUUUAGUAUAAUGAAUUAGUUUUAUAGUUUGAUAUUUAGUGAAGCUGAUUAGAGUGAGACCACGAAAAAUUGUUCAAUAACACAAUUGAAACUUUAACACACAAUAGCACAACUUGAAAGAAUAUAACAUAAGGAAAAUAGUAUAGCCACACAUAAUGGAUCAAGUAAUAAAACUAGCUUUUUGUCGCGGCUUUGUCCGUAAGAUUCUAAACUAAAAUUUACAUAUAGAUUUUAGUUUGUACCAAAAUUUAUGGACGAUGAGGGACUCCAACUAAAUUGUAUACCAUAAUUUACAUACUAAAAUAACUAUAUACUAUACACAUUAAAAUAUUAGAGUGGGAGGCUCCUUUGCACAGGAUGCCGGCUAGAUUAUAGGCACCACAACGGCGCCUUUAUCUGCCGUGAAGCAGUAAUGAGCUUCGGUCUGAAGGGCGCCGUAGCUUGUGAAAUUACUGGGUAAAUCAGGCUUAACAUCUUAUGUUCCAAAGUGACGAGCGCAGUUGUGGUGCCGCUCAGAAUUUGUGGGUCUUUCAAGAAUUCUGCUCGGCACUGCAUUGUAAUAGGCAGGGCGUAUCAAUUACCAUCAGCUGACGUCCUGUUCAAUUAAUAAUAGCAUCACAUGACAAGACUUUAUCUACACCCAUAAUAUGAAUCAUCUAAAAGAUUCUGAAACAGUUAGCUUACUGCUAACAUUAAAACAGCCAGUCCUAGUAGUAACCUAAUAUCAUCCAUUACUGAUUAUAUACAAAUAAAUUAAGUAUUAAUGAAAUAAUUAUUUAUUUUAGUAGUAAUUUAUAUUUUGUAUAGUGCAAUUACCAAUGCUAUGUUCUUUUGCAGCGUUUAAAAUAUCUGGCGGUGUGCUGUUAAAACUUGAAUCGCUCAUUUUUUGUAAACAAAACAAUAAAAAUAUCAUAAGAAAAAUGGCGGGGAUUCCAAUAAACUACUUUUUUUACGGCUCGCGACCUUCUAGUAGUGUGGAACGCGCGUAAACGAAACUGUCCUUUUUUUGAAAUUCAUACAGAUACCACGAAUCGAGCAAUAAGAAUGUGGCUGUCUGUUGAAACUAUUUGCGCCUGAAGGGAUGGAAAAAAAACAAAGGAGUGUUGUUAUGAAAUUCAGUACAACAUUACAACACUCGUUUGGGUGAUGUAAUGGUUAUUAGGGUGUUUCUGAAUCUUCAAUAGAGGAUUUAAAGCAUGGGUGUAGAUAAAAGUUUUUAUUUGCUUGCUGUCUAAAUUCAAGUGGUGUUGGCUGGAAACGGUCUAAGUCGUAUUCAUUAUUAACUUCAUUAAAAAGUUUGCAUUCUCUAAUAAGAAAGCUGUUCUGUCCCUUUCACACAUUGUUAUACAAUAUAUAUUUUUAUCUACACCCAUGCUUUAAAUCCUCUAUUAAAGAUUCUGAAACAGAUAGCUUAUUACCAACAUUAAAACACCCAAUGUUCUAAUAACCAUUACAUCAUCCAAAAGAGUGUUGUAAUGUUGUACUGAAUUUCAUAACAACACUCCUAUUUUUUUCAUUCCCUUCAUGCUCAAAGAGUUUUAACAGACAGCCACAUUCUUAUUGCUCGAUGCGUGGCAUCUGUAUGAAUUUCAAAAAAAGAACAUUUAAGUUUACGCGCGUUCCACACCACAAGAACGUCGCGCGCCGUAAAAAAAGUAGGUUAUUCGAAUCCCCGCCAUUUUUCUUCGAUAUUUUUAUUGUUUUGUUUACAAAAAAUGAGCAAUUAAUUUCCAAAAGAACAUAAUAUUCAAGUGAAUUUUAAUUAUUGCACUAUACAAAAUGUAAAUUACUACUAAAAUAAAUAAUUCUUUCAUUAAUACUUAGUUUAUUUGUAUAUAAUCAGUAAUGGAUGAUAUUAGGUUACUACUAGGACUGGCUGUUUUAAUGUUAGCAGUAAGCUAACUGUUUCAGAAUCUUUUAGAGGAUUCAUAUUUUGGGUGUAGAUAAAAGUCUUGUAUGCAACUGUUGAUAAUUAGGUAGUAAAACACUCAUGUGAUACUAUUAUCACUAGAUUAUACUUUAAGUAACGAAAUUAUUCCAAAAAUUACUCAAAUAAGGGAUUUAGGUGUGAUCCAUGAUAGCAAACUUACUCAUAAUAACCACAUCGAAAUAAUAACACAGAAGGCUUAUAAAAAUCUAGGGUUUAUUCUUCGCACUUGCGAACCUUUCAAUGACAUCUUGUGCCUAAAAGUGCUAUAUUACGCUUACGUGCGAAGCAUCCUUGAAUUCGCAAGUCCUAUCUGGAGGCCUAUCAAUGUUAUAUUGACCGCCUUGAAAAAAUACAAAAGAUAUUUAUGAAAAAAUUGAAUUUUAAAUCUCAAUUCAUUCCUUUAGACUACAAAGAAGCCUGUAAUUAUCAUAAAAUCGAUACCUUGGAAGAUAGAAGAGAUGUAAUUGAUAUGUUACUCCUUUAUGAUAUAUUACGUAAUAAAUUUGACUGUCCAGAUAUCUUAAACAAAAUAUCAUUCCAGGUACCAACAUUGCGUACUAGGCAUACUAAUUUAUUUAACAUUCCCUUCGCUUCUACUAGGUAUCUUAAAUAUUCACCUCUAUUUCGAAUUCCUGACAUAUAUAAUAAGAAAUUUUCUUCCGUUGACAUUUUCAACUUAUCACGUCUGAGGUUCAAAAAACUGAUAUUAAACUGUUUAAAUUGCAGGAGUUAAUCAUCAGUAUAUUCAGGAUAAAUUAUUAGUCUCAUAUCAUAAUUUAAACAUAUUGGAACACUCACAUUCACUCACACCACUCACACUUCUCACAUUCACUCACACUACUCACCGUUUCAGUUACUCAAUAUGGAUACGAUUUCUUCUUUUCUUUCUAUUUAAUUUUUUCUUGUAAGUUUUUCUAGUAUUUUUCGUUUUUGUCUUAAACUACUUUGUCACAUACUUAUUGUACUGUUAAUAGUAUUCCUUUUAAUUGGCGUAUCUAUUCUGUAUAAUUUUUAAUAUACUCUUUUCAUUUUGUUAACUGUAAGGAAUCAUAAAUAAAUAAAAGGCAAUUUCUGCAACACGUCGUCUUUUCCAAUACGGGAUGAGACGAGCAAGACGUUCAACUGAUGGUAAUUGAUACACCCUGUCCAUUAAAAUGCAGUACCUUUCAUGAUUCUUGAAAAACCAAAAACUUGCGCUCGUCACCCAAGAUGUUAAGUCUCAUUUGCCUAGUAAUUUCACUAGCUAGGGCGCCCUUCAGACCGAAACACAAAAUGCUUACACAUUACUGCUUCACGGCAGAAAUAGGCGCCGUUGUAGAAGCAAUAACCCAGCCGGGAUCCUGUGCAAAGCUUUCCACUGGUAAAGUGGUUCUUUCUUGAAGAGGUAAAACAUUAUAUUUAACAUGAUGAGUAUUUUUGGCAAACUGUUGUUUUUGUGUGUAAAAUUGUAAAUAACGUGUGAAUUUUCCUUGUAUUCUUCAACACGGUUGAUGUACUAUUAUUAUCUAUUAUUAUGUAUUAUAAAUAAUGUACAGUAUUUUUUUUUUAAUUUUAGUUCGGCCCACGUUUUAAUUUUUGAAAUAAGAAUACUUUUUCGUGGCCUUUAUGGCGUGUGAUCUACUACAUGGAUAAUUCUAGAUCGCAAAUAUAUUGAAACGUUGACUUUGGCUUGAAAACUUUUUUGCGUUUUACUCAAUUGAUAUAUCUUACCUUAUUUGAUGAUUGUUGAUUGCAAAUACAUUUAACAUAUUGUGGCUUGAUUGAUACCAAUCAAGCCACGAUGUAUACUCAUGGCGUGCGUAGGUACAUUGUGGCUUAACAAGUGUAUAGAUUUAAUAAUAAUUGGAGUUUGUAUUUGAAAUGACUUUAUGUAUUAUAGUUUUAUUGUAUAAGAUAAGAAUUUAAAAUGACUAGUCUCACAAGUGUAAAUAAAUGUGAUUUUGUACCAAA